UCGUUGCCAAGCCCGAAGGAGAAAGAGAGUCCGCAAAGGGAGAGUGAGGGACGGAGAAGAGAAGCCGCGCCAACCCCGCAACGCCACUACGUCGUCGCCUCCGUUGAGCGGUCGCCAUCAUCGUGCGAGAAAGGAGAAGGAGCCGUCGAGGGGUCGCUGAGCCGAUGCAGUCGCAUGCGUUUUUGUCACAGAAGCUUCCAUUUCCGUCACUUUCAUGUUGCGGAGAGAAAGAACUACGCAUGAGCCAGGGGCCAGGGAAAGGGAGCCACCGCCGUUGCAUCCUGGCUACGCCGCCGUUCAAUCCCAUCGCCAUCCAUAAAGUCGCAAGGAGCAUUUGUCGUUGUUGAUUGAUGGUGCCAGCCUCGUUGUCGCGUCUGUAAGGAGAAAAGGUCACGUGGAGGAUGGAGAGCCGCUGGGUGCCGCCGUUGUUUCACCGUGGCCAUGGAGAGGAACGUGAAUGGAAAAGAAAACAGGGAAGCUGCUACUUGGGAUUUGAGGAAAACGGCUCUGUUCUGCCUCGCCUCUAGGUUCUGCAAGUUGCCAGAGUCCUCAGUCGCCGGGAACCAGCACUGGAGCUGCCCAGAAUCACUACUGCUGCUGCCAUGGGAGCUGGUAUUGGAACCACUGAUGGAGCUGCUGUGUUUAGUGAUUUUCGCGAGUUGUGACAUCGAGGAAAGAGUGGCAAGUGAAACAAAUGAUGCAUGGUGCAUUUCUACCCUAAAUAGACUUAAAGAAGCUUUGCCAUUGAGCUUGAAGAUACGAGAGGGUAGAUUUUAAACUCUUGACCAGUGCUUGUUGCGUGAGUACCAUACGACUUUACAAGCAAAAUCUAAGCAGAUUUCUGGUGACUUUUGUGAG